GAGGGGAAUCUACCCUGUGACUUUGUACACUUAACAACAUCCUGUAACCGGGUCUCAGGACAUCAAGAUGAAGAUCCUUAUCUUGGUUGCAGCUGGGCUGCUGUUUCUGCCAGCCACUGUUUGCCAAAGUGGCAUAAAUGUUUCAGACAACUCAGCAAAGCCAACCUUAACUAUUAAGAGUUUUAAUGGGGGUCCCCAAAAUACCUUUGAAGAAUUCCCACUUUCUGACAUAGAGGGCUGGACAGGAGCCACCACAACUAUAAAAGUGGAGUGUCCCGAGGAAAGUAUUUCAACUCUCCACGUGAAUAAUGCUACCAUAGGAUACCUGAGAAGUUCCUUAAGUACCCAAGUGAUACCUGCCAUCUACAUCCUGCUGUUUGUGGUUGGUGUACCAGCCAACAUCGUGACCCUGUGGAAACUCUCCUUAAGGACCAAAUCCAUCAGUCUGGUCAUCUUUCAUACCAACCUGGCCAUCGCAGAUCUCCUUUUCUGUGUCACGCUGCCAUUUAAGAUCGCCUACCAUCUCAAUGGGAACAACUGGGUAUUUGGCGAGGUCAUGUGCCGGAUCACCACGGUCAUUUUCUACGGCAACAUGUACUGCGCUAUCCUGAUCCUCACCUGCAUGGGCAUCAACCGCUACCUGGCCACGGCUCACCCUUUCACAUACCAGAAGCUGCCCAAACGCAGCUUCUCCUUGCUCAUGUGUGGCAUGGUGUGGGUCAUGGUUUUCUUAUACAUGCUGCCCUUUGUCAUCCUGAAGCAGGAGUACCACCUCGUCCACUCAGAGAUCACCACCUGCCACGAUGUCGUCGACACGUGCGAGUCCCCAUCAUCCUUCCGGUUCUACUACUUCGUCUCCUUAGCAUUCUUUGGGUUCCUCAUCCCGUUUGUGAUCAUCAUCUUCUGUUACACAACUCUCAUCCACAAACUUAAAUCAAAGGAUCGUAUAUGGCUGGGCUACAUCAAGGCAGUCCUCCUCAUCCUUGUGAUUUUCACAAUUUGUUUUGCCCCCACCAACAUCAUACUCGUAAUCCACCAUGCCAACUACUACUACCACAAUACCGACAGCUUGUACUUUAUGUAUCUUAUUGCUCUGUGCCUGGGGAGCCUGAAUAGCUGCCUAGAUCCAUUCCUUUACUUUGUCAUGUCGAAAGUUGUAGAUCAGCUUAAUCCUUAGUCAGCAAUGGCAAGACCACCUUAGAGACCAAGGAAAGAUAUCUGGGAAGACGUACAUGCUUGGCUGACUUGUGCAUGGCACCAUCAGCUCAAUUUUUAAUUUUUAAAUUUAAAUUUAAUUUAGUUUUAUCUUUUUGAGACAGAACCUCACUGUGUAGUCCUGGCUGGCCUGGGGUUCUCUAUUUAGACCAGGUUAGCCUUGAACUCACAGAGAUCUGCCUGUUUCUGCCUCCCAAGUGCUGGGUUCAACCAGGUCUGGCAACCAUUGCAUUUUUCAGCUCCUCUGAAACAGUGCUUUAUACUUCCAAUGUGAAGUCAUGAGGAUUAAAAGAAUACUUUGUAUUUUGAGAGUGUCUUAGUUGUAAGCAACAUUAGCAGUAUUCCUAUGGCAAUGGACGCAUUUCUAUUUGCCUUCCUAAUUCUCCAAGCUAUAAAUGUCCCCUUCCCUCCUGUGAGUGGUGUUGGCAGACUGGGAGGUUGUCACUACCUGUGGUUCUCCCUCCUCCUCAAGCAGGUAUCCUGUCUUUAUUGUGUCUCUCACUGGGGUCCCAUGUUCAUUCCACCUCUGUCCUAAGAAGGCAGCCCUCACUGCCAGCCGAGCCUCAUUUCCACAGACUGGGUUAACCUUCCUUGAACAGCUUUCUGAAUACAUCAUGCACACACUUCCCUUGACCCUGCAGUGCUCCUGAAAUGACAAGCCCUUGCAUGGCUUUCCUGGUGGAGCUGUGCCUGCGAUUCCACACACCUUCACACCGACUGUCUUCCCUCCCAUCCCUCUCGCCCCACUGAAACCCCUUCUAGCAUCUUUGCUUUAGCCUGUCCAGCUUUUCAAGUCGUCAAAGGCCCGUUGUUCCCUUAUUCUCAAACUAGAAGCAUCAUUUUCUUCAUCUGGAUUUCUAAAGCACUUUCUUAUCAUUAUGGCACUUCUAGACAAACAAGCCUGCUAAACUCAUUUGCAUAUAGAUAUUACUUCCAUAAGGAAUUAAAUUCUCUGUGUGGUCAGCUCUGUCCCUGCAAGUUUCAUACCUGUAGAUUCAACCAACCACAGACCCAAAACACUUGAAAAACCUUGUAUGAGCUGAAAACGAACAGAGUUCAUUAUUCAUUAUUCAGAGUAUUUUUCAUUACUCCCUAAAUAAUACUGAAAAUAAAUAAUAAUAAAUAA